AUGGUGAAGGUCGAACCCCCAGUGCAGCUUUUACAGCGGCACAUAUCGGCUUUGCCCUUUGACGUCCUUAUUCGGCGCAUUCAUUCGAGUGCCCUGGCAAAUCCGUCCCGCUCUCUCGAAGCGCAUUUCUUAGGCUCCCACAGCCCCCCGGAUAGAUGCGAAGUGGUAGCAACUAGAGCAGUAUCGGCCACCACUUCGUCGGCAGCACGUACGGCGGGUGCUACCGCAACUGAGCUUCGGUCACUCUUGAGCCAGCGACUCCUUCUUGACAUCCGGCGGUAUCAAGCGAGCAACCAACUCGACCUUGACGACCUCAGUCUCGUUCUAGCAAAUGCCAUACGUCACCGACUGUCCCCGGAACUUGCCGCCAUAACACUGCAAUACUUCGCCGAUGCCUUAAGUGCCACCGGGGCUGCAAAUCAAGAGCCCCGAAGAAUAGAGGCCCUUUCGCGUAUUAUGGAAGCCUGUUGCGAUGCGGAGCUAACGGAGUGGACUCCAAUGACAUGGGACUGCCUGGCGACCAUCGUGGCGCUCAUUGAACAAAGAUGGUUAGCUUUAGCCGCUACGGCUUCAGUGUGUGCCCUGCUGCUGCAGUUUUUAUCUACAGUGGUUGGCGCGCAACUCCAAGGGAGGGCAGCGUCUUCAGGGUUGCUGAAGACAGAUUCACAAUUACUAAAGGAAAGGUGCUUAAAACUUGCCGAUAGUGCCACGCAGGCUUUAGCUGAGGCUCUGGAGUCCGAUGAGUCAUCAAGGUGGAACCCGGGGCAGCUGCAGGGUGUGUGCGCGGUGGUUGAACAGUUGAGAAAAUUUGAAAAUCUCAACGCACACAUUUCCCAUAGUUCGGCUAAACAAAUGAGUUUUUGGAAACGCCACGGAACGGUGAACGAACCAACCUAUGUGUGGAAGAAAGUUCGUCGCGUAUUGACGAUGCAAAUUCUCACGCAUGGCACCCUGGAAAGGGCUGUCCGGGCAAUGACCCUUCAACAGGCAAGCGAGCUGUUUGCAUCUAUUUCAACCACUUGUGGCGCCGAUGCGGUUGGAAAGGUCGCCGCGCCUCUUCACCGUAUGCUGAAGGUGGUCGUGGCCGCUGAUUUGGGGACAAUGGGGAAUGUCAUUCGCAUCGGCGAAGCCAGCUUGGUGGCGGAAGGAGCGUCCGCGCUAUUGGCCCAGUCCAUCGAUAUCAUUGGCCGUUACAACUAUGUGCUGACUGGCGGAAACGGGUGGGGACUUCUCAUUGCAGCUUGCACCCUAUUCGAAAGGGCACCAUUGAGCAUCUCCCCUGUUGUGGAUCGUACCCUGGGUGCCCUUCAGUUGGCCCUUGAGGACGCCCAGUGGGUGUCACCCGACAGUCCCGAAUUCUUUGCUCACAGUUUAGCGGUUGCUUCGUUAGCCACACUUCUGGUCACGCAUAAACUCAGCACAACAACUAAGUUGGAGUCGAGGAUCGUGGACAUCGCAAAUUCAUCUCCACUGCUGAGGGAUGCGACCCGCGGGCCCUCGAUCGUGGUUCGAUGCCUCUUUUUCCUGAUUUCGACAGCCGAUGGGGCAAACGGCAGAGGCAAAAUAGCGGAAAAGCGGGCGUGUGCGCUGGGGCUCCUGAUGGCGGAGUCCAGGGAUCUUCACGGUAAGAAGGAGGACUGCGGAGGUAGUUUUCACUUAACUGCCUUCGAACGCAGGAUACUCCGAUUUGUGCAGAAGUAG